UAGGUAAGCGGAACACAAAAGAGCAAAGAAAAAUGCAAUCUUGAAGGGGCAUCAAAUUCAUGGCGUCCGCUGCUUCUUGUUCUUCCCUCAACUCUCUGUCCCUGCUGCGACUUCGCUCUUCCUCCAACAAGAAAGGCUAUGAAGCAGGAAGAAGAUAUUGUUUGCAGUGUUGCUUAGACAAUAGGCAACUUCAAGCACCUUCCAGUUUGCACUUGCGAAAGCUGUGUGGAGCUAAGAGGAGAGAGAUUGUGUUGCAGCUGGGUUUUGCUGCACUUUCGCUUCAGAGUCUUGCUUCAGAUGCGUUGGCUGAGGCUGUUGGAGUUUCAGGUGUAAAAGAGGAUUUGCAAGUUUAUGUGGAUGAUGUGAACAAGUUCAAGAUAUCGAUUCCUCAAGAUUGGCUGGUGGGUGCUGGUGAGCCUAAUGGAUUCAAAUCCGUUACUGCUUUCUAUCCCAAAGAAGAUUCAUCCUCAAACAUCAGUGUAGCUAUCACCGGCAUUGGCCCGGACUUUACCAAAAUGGGAUCUUUUGGCAAAGUCGAUGCUUUCGCCGAGAGUCUGGUAAACGGUUUGGACAGAAGCUGGCGGAGGCCUCCUGGUGUGGCAGCUAAACUCAUCGAUUGCCGAGAUGCCAAUGGAUUCUAUUACAUUGAGUAUUCGCUUCAAAAUCCCGGGGAGAGUCGGAGACAUAUAUAUUCAGCAAUCGGGAUGGCAUUCAAUGGUUGGUACAACAGGCUGUAUACAGUGACUGGACAGUUUUUGGAAGACAGGUCCGAAGCAUACAGAUCGAAGAUAGAACAGGCAGUCGCUUCCUUCAGAUUUAUAUGAAAUUGAAAGAAGAUGAAAGCAGGAAUAGCUUGUACUCGAAGAGCCAUAGUUGAUUUGGAGUUGUAAUGCCAUCCGCGUAUUGCAAUUCCUAACCAUUUUAAAUUCACUGGAUCCACCAAUGGCAUAAUCAAACCCACACUCUUUUCUC